AGAAUCAUCCAUUUCGUAACGUUCUAAAGCCUGAUUAAUAUGAAACGGAAACGCUUUACGUUUAAAAGCUAAAGUUGCGUAAUAUUUUUGAAUAUCAGUUCUAGGAGCUAUCUGUAACUUACUGUCAUGCUUUACAUUUCAAAGGGGCUGUACUCCGUAUGAUGAAAUAGCGGGAAAAAAAGAAAAUUGUCGAAAACUGACAUAAAUUUGGUAUCGAUGUGUACAAUGCAUUAAAACUUUCUUACUGAAGUACCACAUAGUUUACAAUAAAUAUAGUUUUAGGAGUUUUUUUCAUAUUUUUCCAUUAAAGUUGUACGUUCAGCGAGAAAUUAGUUUAUAAAACACAAAAAUAACACAACUGUCGUGAAAAGGCAUCCUUAAUUUAGCGUUGUGCGAAAUUUCGUCUUUCCACUCCGAUGGUUCGAUAUUAACGCGAUUAUCAGACCAUAUUUAUUUUUUACCAAAAAAUCCGCUAUGGCCUACUCGGAGUUAUUGCGAGCAGUUCCGAAAGCCUACGGAAUUCAACGGAGACAAUCACGUGAUAGUUAUAAAUAAUGAGGUCAGCAUUUUAUAACAAAGAUGGACGUUGGGGAAAAGAGAAAGAGAGGACGACCAAGAUUAACUGAAUCGACCAGAAAACGGCGAAGACAGGACAAUAUUCAUAUUAACCAAGUAUGCUAUUAUAAUACUUUUAGCUAUGCCGGUAUAAUUGAAGCUGAUACAAGGAGUAAAAUGACAAGCACACAGCUAACAUCCACCCCCGCGAGUGCAUCAUUUAUAGAUGUUGAAAAGACCCCUUCAGUCUCAGCUCCUGAAUCACAAAUUGCCAGCAGGAAAUCACCAGAAUCCCCUGCAAAGGCUGUGAUGAGGCCAUUCAGAGAUGUGAAAAAGAAGGAAUCUUUGUCUUUCCUGGACCCAUUUGACAUCACUAUUGACAUCACACUUCAAGAAUCUGAUGAGGAGGCUGAUGAUGAUCCAGAUUUUGAACCCGACUUCCACAUGUCAAGUGUACUGCCUGAGAACCUCCAAAACUUCCCUGAUGUGACGUUUGAAGAAGCAGUAUUUGGUCAGGAAGAGGCUGCAGAAAGUGAUGGUAUGUCAGGAAGGCCACAGAAGUACACGCUGGUGCUCCCAACCAACACUGAACAGAGGGGUUUUCUCCGGCGACUUCCUUAUCUCUGCAACAACAGUCCUCUCAGGCAACAACUUUGGAAAGAUGGAACUUUGGGCAGACAUGCUGCAACUGAAGUUUCCAUCAGCCUCAAAGUUCUUCCGAAUUCAGCGGACAUACCUUGUACCUUCUGUGGACCGAUACUGGAAGACUCACCAACAAGACCUGUUCCAAUCUCUUCGUGGAAAGGAUGUAGUCAUACUAGGCGUGUUGUUAGAAAUGUUCUGAGUAUAUCUUGGGUCAAUUAUUACACCAUACUUUUGACAUUAUACAGUUGAUUUUUUACUAUGUUGACCACAUGAUUCCAUGUUCCUAUCAAUAACUUGUCAAGUGCCUUAAAACUAGUAUGUAUUUGUAAUCAUCAGAAAAUGUCAGUGUUUUGGUUAUUAUCUCUUUUUUUGUCAUUCAUUUUUAAAUGACACUAUUAUUGAAAAUCAAUACAUACACGUAUAUUACAAACAUACCAAAACAAUUGUAUUAAUUGUGUAAAAUCUUAUUUGGGAGUAAGAUUGCAUCUUUAACUUGUCCCUAUUAUGCAUCUAUAGUCUGGUUGAUAUAUUGCUGUGUCCUGUCUGUUCCAAGUUGCAAGGACCGGUUAGAAGACGUUGAGUAAAGAUGACAAAUCAAAUAAACUGAUUUACUGGUA